AUGGCUCGUUACUACUUCCUCUUGCUUUUUCUUCUUGUUGCAGCUACAGUUUCUAAAGCAGAUGCCGAAAAGAAGCUAUCUACAGACUUUUACUGCAGCAGCUGCCCCAACCUGUUGCCUACAGUGAAGAAAGGGAUCAUUAAAGCCAUUAACAAUGAAGCUCGCAUUGGAGCUUCCAUACUCCGAUUGCAUUUUCAUGACUGCUUUGUAAAUGGAUGUGAUGCAUCAAUACUGUUGGAAGAUACGAAAAACUUCAUAGGAGAGCAAACAGCAGCAGCUAACAAUAAAUCAGCAAGAGGGUUCAAUGUGAUUAAUGAUAUUAAAGCCAAUGUGGAGAAAGAAUGUCCUCGGGUUGUGUCCUGUGCUGAUAUUCUUGCUCUGGCAGCUCGAGACUCUGUUGUUUAUUUAGGGGGGCCUUCGUGGGAAGUAGGGUUGGGAAGAAGAGAUUCUACCACCGCAAGCAGAAGUGCUGCCAAUAAUUCCAUUCCCCCACCCUUCUUCAGUCUAAGUGCCCUCAAACAAAAUUUUGCUAACCAAGGCCUCUCAGUUACAGACUUGGUGGCUCUUUCAGGGGCACAUACCAUUGGCCUGGCUAAAUGCACAAACUUCCGAGCACACAUCUACAAUGACUCAAACGUUGAUCCCUCCUACCGAAAGUUCCUUCAGAGCAAGUGUCCCAGAAUUGGAAAUGACAAUGUACUCGAACCCCUUGACCACCAAACUCCGACACAUUUCGAUAACCUAUACUUCAAGAAUUUGUUGAGUAAAAAGGCUCUACUUCAUUCAGACCAGGAGCUGUUCAAAGGUGGUUCUACAGACAAUCUGGUGAAAAAAUACGCUAGCGAUGCAGCUGCAUUCUUUGAAGACUUUGCCAAGGGUAUGGUCAAGAUGAGCAGCAUCAAGCCUCUCACUGGAAGCAUGGGGCAGAUCAGAAUGUAUUGCGGCAAAGUCAAUUAA